AUGGGCAACCGGAGACAGCAGAACCUCUUCCUCGUCGGUUCUCCGGACGAGAUUGAUAAGAUCAGGCGAGCGGAAACUUCCCAACAAGCCGGAGCUAUUGCCGGAGCUAAGGCAGCAGCCGUUGCCGCCGUCGCCAGUGCGAUCCCUACGAUGGCUGCGGUUCGUGUGUUCCCAUGGGCGAAGGCAAACCUCAACUACACUGCUCAGGCACUCAUUGUAUCUGCAGCAUCCAUCGCUGCAUUCUUCAUAACUGCAGACAAAACCAUUCUACAAGGCGCAAGAAGAAACACAGAGGCUCAGUUAAAGAAAGCUCAGGAAAACUCUAAAUAA